AUGUCUGAAAUAUCAGUCCGAGGUAAUCUAAUGUCAGGGAGAGACGUGUCAUACAUUCUAAUGUAACAGGGGAAUGGAUGCAGACUCACAGUUGGUUUGGCCAUUGCCAUGAGCAAUAUCUCAUUUCAUGUAUGAAUUAUAACUUAUAUAUUAGUUAUAACAUGAAAACAUGGGCAUUCAUCUUUAUUGAAAACUAUGAGAUUGAAUUUGAUAGUUGCGUUAAAGAGAGCAGUUUAAUUGCCAUGGUGAUAAUGAAGGGAAUUGUGUAAACGUUGAGAUGUUGACACAUCUAUAAUAUUCUCAGUUGCUCAUAUUGUUUAUAAUUAAAUGUUGAUUAUGAAAUGAGUAUGUUCCCACGCUUGGCUAUUCUUACAUUUUAUACUUUAAUAUGUAAAUUAGCCUACAGGUUUUUUUAUGCAUUACAUUUUUCCCUUUAUCAAGCUAGCACUGCACUCACCAAAUCUACAGCCAUUUGCCCACACCAAGUUGCCCACAGAAAUUAAUUUGCGUGUUAGCCAAUCAAAGUGCAGCCGUGUUCAAAGUGCAAGACCUCCCCUGUGCAAUUAGGCCCCCCACUGGCCGUUCAAUUUAUGCCUGAUGGGUCUAGAUCACACAUUAUAUUACUGUUGUAUGAGCCAGGAGUUACAUGCAGGAGCCUUUGACACAAAUGGGUUGGAGCUGAAUUAAAUGGGGAAGGAGGAGAAAAUAAAUCAUAUAUAUUCUUGAUCCCUCUCUGCUAUUUAUACUCUGAUUAUUCACCCUUCUAACUAUGUUGUUUUGUGUGUUGUGUUGUUUCUUUCUCCUUAGAAGAGGGCCUGAACCAUGAGUGUAAGCUCUGCAGUCAGUCGUUCGACUCACCAGCCAAACUCCAAUGCCACCUGAUCGAGCACAGCUUUGAGGGCAUGGGCGGCACCUUCAAGUGUCCGGUCUGCUUCACAGGUGAGUGUCUGCGUGUGUGUAUGUGUGUCCUCAGAGACCCCCACCCACAGACAUGCAUUACAAUGCAAAGCAAUUUCCAGAAACCUCAUUGUUUGUCUGAAAUGGCAAAUGGUUUUCUAAAUGAGUAUGAAAAGGUCAGAAAGGCAGGUCAGUCAAAGCUGAAAGCAGUUUGUUGCGUGCAUCUUAAUAUUUACUCAAAUUGCCUCUAAAUCAAGACCCCUCAGACUGUCAUGAGCAGAGGGAUAGAGGGUAGAGGAGGAUAGAGAGAGAAUUGGGGAGAGAGAGAGAGAAAGAGAGAUGCGGAAGAGGGAGGGCUAGAGAGAGGGAGGAAAAGAGCACGCUAGAGUGGAAUAAAGAGGAAGGGGGAUGAAGGGAGUGAAGGAGGGAGAGUGAAGUGCUAAUUGUGGAUGUCGGUGGUGCUGAUAGCUGUAAUGAUCUCAUCUGUCUGUGUGCGAGGAGGUGGAAGGACCAUGCAGGACUCCUCCGGAGAGGAUAACGCCCUCCUUCAGUGUCAACAGGGUUAACUAUCUCUAUAAUGAAAUCUGCAAAGUCGUUAACUUCUCCUCCAGCUCCUCGCCAUUCUUUCUUUUCCCCCUCUCUCAGCUCUUUAGCUAUACUCUUUAUUUUUCACUUUUCCAUUCCUCAGCUCUUUAAUCACUUCACUCGUUUUUACCUCAGUGUUUUUUCCUCAGUUAAUAUUUUGAAUUGAUCAGGUCUCAUCAUUUUACUUGUCUCAUAUGUUCACUCCUCCGCUCUUCUCCUCCAUCUUCAGCUCUUCUCUUGUCCUAUUGUCCAGUAGAUGCUCACUCAUUUUCCUCCUUUCUCUCGCUUUUCUCAGUAUUCACCCCUCCUCUCAUCCCCAUCUCCUCUCAUUGCUGUUUGGCCUUAUCUCUCAUUUAGCAGCAGCUUAUUGAUAUUUCCCUCCCCUCCUCCCCCUCUCCCCUCUCCCCCCUCCUCCUCCAACCGCCAGGGUCGGGACGUUUAAUAUACAGAGCAUGCUUUCUUCAUCUGAGCCUUCAUUUUCUACCGGCAGCUUUGACAGACAGGUCCCCCUUUUCCCUCUGCAUCCAUAUCGAUCACGGCGGCAGGCGCAGGAGAGAGAGGGAUGCAGAGAGGGAGAGGGAGAGGGAGAGGGAGAGGGAGAGAGAGAGAGAGAGAGAGAGAGAGAGAGAGAGAGAGAGAGAGAGAGAGAGAGAGAGAGAGAGAGAGAGAGAGAGAGAGAGAGAACCCUCAGGACAGUGGUGGUAGAGCAGACACACAGAGGCGGGGGACGGGGGGAUGGAUGGAUGGAAGUUGUGGACCAUGGGGAGUAUGGAUGGAGAGACUGAAAGGCCUGCUUCUGUUGAGGAAGGAGGGAGGGGACAGACUGAGACUCAGAUCACACUAGCCUCCUCAGGCAUUUUCUGGAUAGGGAGAAAUAGGUUGGGGGCGGUUGUCUGUGAGACCCAGUCUGUCCUUGAAAACAUUUAUGCCACUUAAGAUGGACUCAGUGAUACAAGUCUGUAUCCAAAUGAUCCAGUUUACCCGGCGAGGCAUGUCUGUGUCGGAGGGGCAAAAUGACUGUCAGUGAGUUAAUUACACUCUAGUCUGGUGGCGGUAGAUCCCAUUUUGAAACCAGGAGAAUGGACAGACCAUAUAGGAGCUGGUAAUGAAAAACAUAAGUAAUAUAAAGGAAGAAGAAGACAACUUUGGGGAAAGCUACAGUACAGCUCUGCAAAUGGCAAGUUGUGAAUGUAAGAUGAAAGGAGGGAGGGAGGGAGGGAGGGGGAGAAGAGAGCUGGGGAACGGAAGGAGGGUAAAUGGGAGUGGAAGGGAGGAGAGGAGAUGAGAGGAGAGGAGAGGAGAGCAAAGAGGUCCAUAAGCCCCUGGAUGAUGAGAGAGAGUGAGGCUGACUCUCCCAGGACAGCUUUGACAGGUUUCAGAAGUGGGGGAGCCUGCAGCUAGAAGGGUCUGCUCUUCCUGAACCCUUAGGAGCAGCUGCAAGGGGCUGCCAGGGAAAAUGUGAUUGGGAAUAUUAUGAGGGUUAAGACAAACAAAACAGAAGAAAGUGUUCAGGAUGAAAGUCAUGUGUGUGUGUUCCCCCCUUAUGUCACAGUAGGCGAAUGAAAGUCACAGAACUCCAGGGUGUUCUUUGUCUUUUUUUGAAAAUAGAAAGUGUAUAACAAAAAGGUUGAUUUCUGUAUUUCAUUCCUUACAUUCCUUCCAUUCCUUCCAUUCCUACCAUUCCUUCCAUGAACUGCCAGUCUCUUCUGUUGUCAUCAUAGAAUGAGGUUGUUGAAUCCAACAAAAGUAAAAAAGCAUCUCAAAAUGAAGCUUAUUACUAACAAUGAAAUAACAUCAGUCCGAGAGCACUGACUCACGUUGCCGGCAAAUCUAUAGCUGUCCUAUCAUGAAUUCCUGGGUGUGAAACACAAGUAAAUAAAACAGAUAGAUAAAUAAAUAAAUAAAAAAGUUGAAAGGGAGAAUAAAAGCAGGAUCAACUUUUCCUCCCACAAACAGCUUAGUAAUGGUGAUGUACAGUACCAGUCAAAAGUUUGGAUACACCUACUCAUUCAAUGGUUUUUCUUUAUUUUUACUAUUUUCUACAUUGUAUGAAAUAACACAUAUGGAAUCAUGUAGUAACCAAAAAAGUGUUAAACAAAUCCAAAUAUAUUUUAUAUUUGAGAUUCUUCAAAGUAGCCACCCUUUGCCUUGAUGACAGCGUUGCACACUCUUGACAUUCUCUCAACCAGCUUCAUGAGGUAGUCAACUGGAAUCCAUUUCAAUUAAAAGGUGUGCCUUGUUAAAAGUUAAUUUGUGGAAUGUCUUUCCUUCUUAAUGCGUUUGAGCCAAUCAGUUGUGUUGUGACUAGGUAGGGGUGGUAUACAGAAGAUAGCCCUAUUUGGUAAAAGACCAAGUCCAUAUUAUGGCAAGAACAGCUCAAAUAAGCAAAGAGAAACGACAGUCCAUCAUUACUUUAAGACAUGAAGGUCAGUCAAUCCGGAAAAUUUCAACAACUUUGAAAGUUCCUUCAAGUGCAGUCGCAAAAACCAUCAAGCGCUAUGAUGAAACUGGCUCUCAUGAGGACCGCCACAGGAAAGGAAGACCCAGAGUUACCUCUGCUGCAGAGGAUAAGUUCAUUAGAGUUACCAGCCUCAGAAAUUGCAGCCCAAAUAAAUGCUUCACAGAGUUCAAGUAACAGACACAUCUCAACAUCAACUGUUCAGAGGUGACUGUGUGAAUCAGACCUUUAUGGAUGAAUUACUGCAAAGAAACCACUACUAAAGGACACCAAUAAUAAGAAGAUACUUGCUUGGGCCAAGAAACACGAGCAAUUGACAUUAAACCGGUGGAAAUGUGUCCUUUGGUCUGAUGAGUCCAAAUGUGAGAUUUUUGAUUCCAACCACUGUGUCUUUGUGAGGCGCAGAGUAGGUGAAAGGAUGAUCUCCACAUGUGUGGUUCCCACUGUGAAGCAUGGAGGAGGAGGUGUGAUGGUGUGGUGGGUGCUUUGCUGGUGACACUGUCAGUGAUUUAUUUAGAAUUCAAGGCACACUUAACCAGCAUGGCUACCACAGCAUUCUGCAGCAAUACGCCAUCCCAUCUGGUUUGCGCUUAGUGUGAAUAUAAUUUGUUUUUCGACAGGACAAUGACCCAACACACCUCCACGCUGUGUAAGGGCUAUUUGACCAAGAAGGAGAGUAAUGGAGUGCUGCAUCAGAUGACCUGGCCUCCACAAUCACCCUGACCUCAACCCAAUUGAGAUGGUUUGGGAUGAGUUGGACCGCAGAGUAAAGGAAAAGCAGCCAACAAGUGCUCAGCAUUUGUGGGAACUCCUUCAAGACUGUUGGAAAAGCAUUCCACAUGAAGCUGGUUGAGAGAAUGCCAAGAGUGUGCAAUGCUGUCAUCAAGGCAAAGGGUGGCUACUUUGAAGAAUCUAAAAUCUAAAAUAUAUUUUGAUUUGUUUAACACUUUUUUGGUUACUAUAUGAUUCCAUAUAUGUUAUUUCAUAGUUUUGAUGUCUUCACUAUUAUUCUACAAUGUAGAAAAUAGUAAAAAUAAAGAAAAACCCUUGAAUGAGUAGGUGUGUCCAAUCUUUUGACUGGUAAUAUCCCCGACAGCCAGGAGACCUUGGCCCCUCCGCCCCGCCGCCUCAGCUCAGACCACCCCCAGACCUGCUCACUCAGUCAGCCAGAAAAGUCCACAAAGUCGUAUUGCUCGCUCUCUCGCACUCACUCGCUCUCUUUCGAACACACUUGUUUUCUCAUUCCCUAUCUCUCUACCUCUCUCUCCAUCUCUUUCCCUGUCUCUCUCUCUCCCUCUCUUUCCCUCUCUCUCUCUCUCCCUCUCUCCCCUGUCUCUCUCUCCCUCUCUUUCCCUUUCUCUCUCUCAGCCUCUCGGUUUCUUGCUCUGUAUCUUGCUUCCUCUCUCUGCUUUUACUAUGGCAGUGUCCUAAAAAAAAAUGCACCCACCUCCCCAACGUUAAGAAUAUUUUCGCACGACCCUCCCCUUGUAUUGUAAAACAUUUUUGCACACCCUCCCCCUCAUACAAUUCACUCAAAAUAAUGUUUCCGACCACAAAUAACAAUAACUUUAGCAACCCAGUGUUUAUAAACGUGGAUAUCGACUUUGCCACUUCAGCAUGCUUUUGUGGCACAGUCGAUGACACACAAGGCUAUGGGCCAGAAGAUUGAGUGUUCGCCAACCACCACAGCUCUCCUGGCCUGUUUCAAUAGACUUACACUGUGAUCAGAGCCGGCUGUAGACAAUGAUCAACUAGGUGGAAAUCAGAUUUUCAACAUUUUUGAAGUAGCCUAAUCAGAUUAAAACAUUGUGACUGGUUGUGUUUAUGGAAAGUGGAUACCUAGUCAGUUGCACAACUGAAUGCAUUCAACUGAAUUUAAUCCAACCCCUCUGAAUCAGAGAGGUGAAGGGGGCUGCCUUAAUCGACGUCCAUGUCAUCGGCACCUGGGGAGCAGGUGUUGUUGGGGGGUUAACUGCCUUGCUCAAGGGCAGAACUGCAGAUUUUCCCACCUUGCUGCCUCAGGGAUUCAAACCAGCGACCUUUCGGUUACUGGCCCAACGCUCUUAACCGUUAUGCUACCUGCCUCCCCUAAAAGGUAAUACAUUGAAAAAGUUAAAUGACAAAUAUUUAGGCUAUAUUGAAGCGUUAGGUUCUAGGUGCGCAAGGAAUAGCCACUCAGAUCGGAGAGGCAGAGCACGCAUUAGGCUUUCCUGAAUAACUGGUUCUGCUGGGAGCAUAUGUGGCCACAUUAUUAUAGGACGAUUUAGGAGAAUGAUGAUGCAACAGACAGCGCAUUCAGUAUCAGAACUGAAAAUACAGCCAGACUGACCUGCUACUGUGCCUUUAUAGGCCUUAUAAACUGUAGAGAGUAGACCCACAACUGAUCCAAAUUCAAAUCACAGGGCUUUUGCUCCGUUAUUCAAAUGACAAUUUCACUGCAGUUUACAGCCUAGAUUAGAAUUUUGUACUCACUUGAAAACAAUAAUGCAAUUAUUCAUUGCAAUGUGGUGUUGUAGUCUAAUCUAGGUAGGAUAAUUAUAUUGUCCCUAAAGAAGAUCAAUAGGGGAGCUUUUUUGAGCUGCCUCUCCGCUUAUAUUGAACAUUGGUGCAGCUUUAUAGGAUUGCUAGUUAGCCUAUUACAGAUCUGGACAAACAAUCCACCUACCACUAUUGUCACUAUGAAUGGUGGAUAGAGGGCAGGAUAGACAGUUAGACUGGUAGACUAUAUUGGCCUGUGGUAUAGUUAGCGCGCGGAAAAGUGUAAUGCAUAAGGGAAGUACCAAAACACCUUGACGUAGGGGAGGCGCAUGCAAGCAGAUUAGAACAUUUGGCUAGAAUGGAAGAAAUUAUAUAGUAAAACCUGCAAAAGGGCGAAUGUAAACCCGGGAAAUAAUGCAUUAUAAAAAGCAAAAUAAAAAGUUAGACAACCCUCCCCUAUUAGCCCACUGUCUCUUAGCCAACUGUCUCUUAGCCCACUGUCUCUUAGCUAGCCCACUGUCUCUUAGCCCACUGUCUCUUAGCCCACUGUCUCUUAGCCCACUGGGUUUUACGCAUAGUGUUGCAACAUUCAUUUCUGAUGAUCAAGCUGUGAAUGCAUAUUUGCCAGGGUAAGGGUUGGAUAUGAUUCAAGGAUUGGUACAAACUGACAAUUACAUCAACCAACUGAAUAUUGAUGUAUGAACAGGGUCAGAAGACAUGUAAACAUCGUGAUAUGAGGAAUAGGAGCUCACCUGACACCACUGUGGUGUACUGUAUUGUAGGUAGGUGUGGGAUUUGCAACCCAACCCCCAGAUGAAAACGUGUCCAGGGCACAAUUUAGCAGCCGAGAGAAAACGUGUUGAGGUUGGGUUGGGAAUAUGAACGCCUCUCAGUCUUGAGGCUUUUCUUUGGAUUUCUCUGCCUCCCAGUCCAAGACAUAAUGAUAACCCACUGUUGUUGGUUUUACCUGUUUCUAUGCAGAGCAGACAGACAUAACCAUGGCUUUAAAAAACAGCUAUUGUCUGCUAACCUAUUUUCAGUUUAAAAACAUAUGUCAAAAACACAAUCAAAGCCACAAUCAUUGUAGCCUCUUAGCACAAAUAGUUAUAUAUUUAAAGUGUUGGAUAUUAUCAUGUUGUAGUUAACCUUGGGAUAAAACAAGGCUGUUGUGAAUAGAACAUCCAGCAAGCUAUCUCUAUCUCUGUCUGUUUGUCCUUGUGACGCUCUGAUAAUUUGUUUUUAAAAGUGGGCCAUAACCCAUAACCAUAGUUGUAACGCUGUUUGUUGGUUCAUUAGUGUGACUUUGUUCAUGUCAGUGUUCAACGCGGUGUUUAGUUUAGUCGUGUACCGCAGACAGCUGUCACUGAGAUAUUAGUAGCCAGGCAGUGUCUGUCACUCUGGAUGUAAAGCGCUAGCUAGAGAUAUAUAAAUGUUUUGUUUUUUGUUUUUUUAAGGACCGUAGGUGGCGGCCAUCCUGGUGUCUGUCUGCCGGAGCUAAGUGAGCCUCAGGCAUAUACAGCUCAAUAAUUAAUAUCAGCUCUCCCUGGUGCACUCAAAUUGGGACAUGUUGACGUUGCGAGCUCCACCAUGCGCCUGUGCACUGCAGUGUGGCUCCCAUCAGGGGCAAAUGGGCUGAUGCGACCCCAAAGUGCUCUCAAAUAGACACCUCACCUUUAGCGGCUGCUUUUCAUUCCCCUCCCUGCGGCCCUCAGCCCCUCAGCCCCUCAGCCCAGGCGGUGCAUGCAUUAAGAGAAAAGUUAUUUUGAGCUGUUAAGAAAUUCAAAUGAAGCCUGGCCCCACACGGUAACUUUUCGGAAGCAGCCAGACCUUAGAGAGUAGACAGCCGGUACGUACUUCCUUAAAGCACAGGGGUCUGGGAUAACAAACGCCAUGUUUGAAGUGCUCCUCUGAGAACACAGAAAGAGACACACACACACACACACACUCACUCACAAACACACACACACACACAAAUUACACAGACAAGCACACACGCAUACACACGUCUCCCUAGUCUACUGUAGCAACGUGGACUAUCUAUGGCUUAAUUAAAGCACAAAUGCAUAGUAUAUAUUUAUAUAUUUUAAGUGCCAGGCAAGUUGUGUGAGUGUGUGUGUUUAUAUCAUAGUGACUGUAGCCUUAUUCUGCAUAAAUAAAUAGUGCAUCUGCAUGAAUAUUUAUAUUGUCAAUAUCAUUAGCGAUGUAGAGUAAUGGAGGCCUUUUUUUGCACUUGAAGCAAUGCCAAUUUCUUCUGUGGUUGUUUAUUUUCUAGCUUGUUGUCCCCACAGUAUUUCUAAAUAAAUAUCCUCAUUAUUCUCAGAACAUUAUGGCCUAGCUCACUGUACCGUAGCAUCACAGCCGGGUAUGACCACUCUGUUCAAAGACUGUCAGAUAGGCCUGUCAAAGUUCAGUUAUUUCCUUUAUAUAUUAUGUCCUUUAUUGUCCGUACAACAUAUUCAGUCGCCCGGAUUUAGUGCAUUUUCCUAGCUAUUGUUGAUGCAUAUAUAUUGGCUUUAUAAUAAUUUGUUUCUCCUUUUUGUUUUUGUUUCAUUUAGCCUAUGGCAUUGUGGUUUAUUUUGCAUUUGCCCUUAUUUCCUGAUAGCUGUAUUCCUUUUGUUAGCAAAAUGUUUAUUUUACUAUGAUUUCAGAAAAGAUACUCACUUUCUUUCUCUUCUUCCUCUCUUUCUCCCCCUCUCCCCUCUCUCUCUCUCUCCCUCUUCCCUCGCUCUGUCUGUAGUAUUUGUCCAGGCCAGUAAGCUCCAGCAACACAUCUUCUCAGCCCAUGGCCAGGAGGAUAAGAUAUACGACUGCUCCCCAUGCCCACAGAAGUUCUUCUUCCAGACCGAGCUACAGGUAAACCCAGACUUAGACCUGUUGGUGGUCACCACCACCAAGCACACACACACACACACACACACACACACACACAUAUGCAUACAAACACACACACACACACUCACACACAAAUACAUACACGUGCAAGCAGGAGUACACACACACUUCGCAUCCUCUCUGUUCCGGUUGAGAUUGGGAGACUCAGACGGAAUUACUCCAGUUGGUUUCCAAACUCAUUUGUGAUCAACAGAUACGGAAUGAUUUGAUUUGCUUAUUAGACCUAACAUAUCUGGAAUUAGAAGGAUUAGGAGAAUGUGCUUUUUGGGGAGUAAUUACUAUACUGUACAGAGAAAAAAACACAGUUCAGUCAAUAAUAUGACACCAACUCCCAGCCUCAUAAUCACAGAGGAGGCACUCAUGGCUAAAUAUGAUCUGUGUCUGUAGGGAUGCCGUAUCUGCCCUUCAACAAAGUUAGAAUUUGGACUCUUUGAAACUCUCAAUGUUGUAGAGAUAAUCCAUGUUGAAGCCAUCUCUUCCCACUAUCCUCAGAGUACUUGAACAAAAUGAAAAGGCCUUAUAUUAUUUCAGUCGUCAUCUUGUUGUUUUCAAGUAGCUCGAUCAUCUUUGGGGGAAUUGUACCCUGGCAGGCCAUGCCACAUAUUUCCUAUUUUUUAAAAUAAAUCUUUCAUUUUCUAUUAGUACCUCUUGUAUCUGAAACAUUGUGUGUUGGCACCUCAUAGUUGAGCACUGAGGACCCUAAAAUAUAUGAAUAUAGCCAUCUGAGUAGAGACAAUUUAUUGUCAACGCUCAUUACAAUGUUUCAUAUGUCCAAGCACCUUGUGAAACCCACUAGUACACUCUUAGAAAAAAGGGUUCCAAAAGGGUUCUGCGGCUGUCCUCAUAGGAGAACCCUUGUUUGUUUCAGAUAGAACCCUUUUUGGUUCCAGGUAGAACACUUUUGGGUUCCAUGUAGAACCCUAUGUGGAAAUGGUUCUAAAUGGAACCCAAAAGGGUUCUACCUGGAACCAAAAGGGGUUCUAUCUGGAACCAAAAAGGGUUGUCCUAUGAGGACAGCCGCAGAACCAUUUUGGAACCCUCAGACAGAAGAUGUUCAUAUUGACAUUCAGCCAGUAAACACAGAUCCAUGGUGUACCAGGAGGAAGGUGAAUGUGAUCAUUAUCUACCGGUCAGUUGAGUCUACAGAACAGACCGGCAUGAAUAAAAUAAGUCUUGAUGCACCACCCACAAACAUACAGGUUCUUCAUGGAGGACAAGGUUAUUAGUAACUAACAAGUAUUGUGAGUGUCCUCUCUCUCACGACACAACAUGGCAAACACAGUAUCUUAUUUAUCCCACGUCAUCUCUCAUUGGAACGAGUGUUUCGAGUGUUUUCGCUAUAGCCAGGGUUGUUACAAGUACCUGUAAACAAUCUCAAAUAACCUGGGGAUGUUUUUCCUACUUUUUACUCUGACAUGUUUUGGGAUCCAGCUCCCAGAGUUGUUGUUUCAUGCUUGUAUUGUUUUACACUCUUUGUGAAGAGACGGAGAGCAAACAUGAAAGAUCAAUGGCACUUUGUUGUGAAGCAGAGGGUUAUGAAAAGGAGAGCAUGGAUUGAGUUUAGGGGAUAAGAUUAUCAUUAUAUUCAACCUGUGCCAUGGCAUGCUCUAGAAGCAACCCCCAGUGGGUGCAUACACACAUAGACACACACAUGUGCACACAUGCGCACGUACACACACACACAGGCUUAUCACACUUAAACAUACAUUCAGAACACGGCAUUUACAUAAAUUCACAUAAUACAAGAUACACAAGCAGUUGAUUAACACCAAGACCAUCCACUGACUCCCCCUGGAGUUCCUUUUUUUAAAUAAUGAAGACACAUGUUUUCAAAGAAAAUGACAUUUUUAUUUGAUGACCUACAAUGUGUUGUACAAUGUGAACAAUGUUUCUAGAAUAUAGAUGUCUCUUUUCUACUGCAUCCAUACUGCGGCAUAAUGCUAGUCAAAGUUUAUGAACCGUAUACAAGUUGUUGUUUUUUAUAUCACUACUCAAACAUGUCUCCCUAACAUGGUAAAGUCAUUUGUCAAUCUCUCUGUUGUGAAGCUGUCAUCCAGCGAUGAGGAGAUAGAUGUUGCUUCUCUCUCUGCCUGGUCUGCCUGGAGUUUUGAGUUUCUCUCUCCUCAUACACCCUGACACUCUGGCCCAAUCUCUGGCUACCUGGUGGUCUCCUCAUCUCUCACAGUAGUCAGAGAGGUCAAGGGGUUAGUGCAGGCUGGGAGGGAGAGAGGAGAGGGGAAGCAGGCAGGGGGGAGAGAGGAAAGGGAGAGCUGCCUGCCAUGGUAGGCAGGUAAAGGGAAGCAGCAACGAUAUUUUAUUAAUUUGCCGCUGAGAUUCCCUGAAACAUACCAAAGGCUGUGACAGGGAUCCAGCGAUACCCCCCUCUCCCCCACCGCCUCCCCCUUCUCCCCCACCGUCCACCCAUCUUCCCCUAACGCCUCCCCCUGUGAACUCUACCCUGCGAGGGGUAGCCAAUUUUCACCGGCCUGUCGAGAUGGAUGAUGGGAGAGCAUCCGUCUAAUCAGCCCUCCCAGGACCCCCUGCCCGGCCACCCCCUCGGACCGGACAGAUUGACUGACUCCUGGGCCUCGGUGACCCAGAAUCCACAGUCCAGAAGAGACUCUGCUCUCUGUCUGUCUUUCUCUCUCUCUCCUUCUCACUCCUCUCUCUCCCUUUCUAUCUGUCUUUAUCACUCUCUCUUUCCCCCUUUCUCCUGUUUCCAGAACCCUCCUGAGGAACACCCCCCCCCCCCCCCCCCCCCUCAUGAGUUGCUGAUGGGGAGGGCCAAUGGUUCAGUGUUUGUGCUAUGGGGUGUGGCUCUGUGUGUCUCCCCUGUUCUCCUCACGCUCUCCUCUCUCUCGCUCUAUUAUCUAUCUUAUCGCUCUAUCUCUAUCCCUCUCGAGAAUCUCUCGUCGUUAUAGAUAUGAUAUAUGAGCUUCUCUCUAAGGUCUUUUCUCGCGAUAUCCGUCUUCCGUAGAGAGUCGCUCGCUCUCUCCUAGCUCUCGUGUUCUUCUAUGAUCCUUCUCUCCUUCCCUCCUCUCCUCUCUCUCUUCCUUCUCUCUCUCUCUCUUCUCCCCUCUCUCUCUCUCUUCCCCUCUUCUCCCCCCAAUACCCCUAAUGCCCACCACCCAUGCAUCUAUGUCACAUCCAGAAGAUGACACAUCCACUUCUAGUUUCCCCAAUCUACUGUACUCUUACUUCCUCCCAUGCUCAGACUGUCUCAGCCCCUUACCCUGGUUUGGACAAGCCAGGGGUUUGAGGGUACUCAGGACUGGCCAUGUUGAAUUUUAUAAGUAUUAGAUUCAGUGGAUGUGUCUCUUCCUUAUUACAUAAGGCACUGAGCCACUGACAAUGCUCUGCUAUUCCACAGGAUUAAUGAGGCAGAUAUAUUAACGGAUGGUGGUGGCAGUGAAUUAGCCAGAGCUUAAGUCUGACAUUUCUAUAAGUGGAAGUUCAUUUUGCAGUUCCACCACAAGUGUGCAAGAGUGGGAUACAGUAUAUCCUCCCUUCCUCUGUAUAAUGAUGAACCCUAUUCCUCCUAAGGCAAGACAAUGAUAUUCAAGUUACACAACAGUGAAGAUUACAUUUUUUCUGGGAUGAGAUUUUUAUCCUUCACUUUCAUGAUCAUUCCUUAGAAGUCGUGUAUGUCCUGCUCCAACUGACAGAUGAGAGGAGAGGAGAGGAGAGGAGAGGAGAGGAGAGGAGAGGAGAGGAGAGGAGAGGAGAGGAGAGGAGAGGAGAGGAGAGGAGAGGAGAGGAGAGGAGAGGAGAGGAGAGGAGAGGAGAGGAGAGGAGAGGAGAGGGUAGUCAGUGGGUACAUUAGGACUUCUCCUUCUCCCUCUUUCCUUAGAUACCCACAGGACACGCACCUUAAUUGGAGUGUCUUUUAAAAGGAUUCCUUCAAAGACGAUGAUGCUCGGUCCAAAGCUCCAGCUCUGUAAUGAGUGCUAGAAGUGACAAGAACACGUCUGUAUCAUGUUGUACGUCUUCUUCUCACAAAUUAGAUUCUCCAUCUUCCUCUGUGUGUGAUGGCCAUUAUUGUCAAGCUGUGACCGAUUUUUAUGUUUUAAAUUAAGGAAAUGUAUUAGCGGGGGUGUCGCCGGGUUAGUGUAAACAGCGAUGCAUGUCGUGACAUCCAUAAUUUUUUGGGAAAAUGCUUAAAAAUUGGGGGAAAAGAUGAUACCUUGGAAAUAGAGCAGAAUAAUCACCAUGGGUUCACUGUAUUGCUAAUGAUAUUAUUGCAUUAGCAUGUGUAAUAGCAUAGCCCACUCUACUGUAGAUCUGAAAACAAUUUUAGGGUAAUUUCUCAAAGUCUGCGAGAGCCAAAAUAUACUGACAAUCAUCACACUAAAUAUGAUUUAAACAAUAUUAAGUUUGUCAGUGUUUUUUGGAGUGUGAUGUUUGUCCUUGUUUUUGAGGCUCUCGCAGACUUUGAGAAACUGAAACGAGGCAAAGAAUCAUUCUGACACGGUACAUUGGGACUAUAAUUCCCAUAAAGAUUGAUUUUAGAAUUUACCAUUUGGAAUAUGCCCCCACCUGGAGUGCACCAUGUCCCUAACACGCGCCACUCUGAGGCUCAUCUACAUUUGUUUAGCCCUCAAAAACAUAACUUUUUGAGAUUACACUAUCUUCAUUUGCCAAGUGUGAUAGCUUCACAUGCGUUUGAACUCCUGGUUUUAUCUUUUUAAAUGACAAGCUGUUCUUCUCUUCAACCACAAUGCUGUCACCAUUUCAAAAGGUUGAGCAGCAAAAUGAAAGUGAAAUGAAUAGAAGGGCACAACUGUGUGUUUGUGAUGCGCUAUCAUUAAUAUUUAAGUGUAUUUAUAAUGAUGUACAAACACGCUGUACAAACAGUCGUCAGCGCUGUAAAAGGGGACGUAAACAUUGUGAGAUGAAUGGCGACCACGUAACACAGUCGUGGUGUUCUACUUUCCUACUGUAGGUGGAUCAGAAUUAGACAGCAUGACAAACCUAAUGAUCCUAGGAGGAUUUUCUCUCUGCAGUGUGUGUGUGUGUGUGUGUGUGUGUGUGUGUGUGUGUGUGUACACACGGGAGUGUGUAUGUACGUUUGUGCGUCUGUGUGAGUGUGUAUGUACAGUAUUUGUCUCUGUUUCUUCCUUUCCAAGGGUGGGUCUGAUGUGUACAUGCGAACACAGUGUCUGGAGGGAAACAUGACAAAAACUCCCAGAAGCCUUUGAGGCAUUCUCUUUCUCUUCUUCCCCCGCUCGCUGUACUACUGGGAGAAGUUAAAACCAAACAAAGAGAGGGAGGGAUGCUCUGUGCUGGAAUUCAUCACCGGAUCUGUUCCCUAACACACACACACAUUUGUAUUACACUUUUUAUUUGACUUUCUGCAACUUUGAUAAAGCUUGUCAUUAACACCGCAUGAGAAAUGUAUUACAGAUUUAAUUUACCUGUUUAAAGAGAUUCACUUUGCAAAUGUUUGAUUCUAAAUGUGUUUUUACAAAACACUGUUGAGGCUAGCUGGUCCUCACAGUGUCAGAUUAAACAGUUUUUCAAGGAUUCAUUUUCAAACAAGUACAAUAAUUAUUAGACACAUCAAUUUUGUACAAAUGUUACAUGACACCAAUUGUGUGGCUAUUAAAAGUGAAUAUUCUGACUCACUCUCUCAAAACAAGUGGGUAAACGUGAGAGUGUAUUUGUUAUUUGUCGGCGUCACAGUUUCAACCCAAAUCUAACAGUAGCCUUAAAUUCACUCCUAAAAUUCACUCUGUCACUGAAGUAGCUACAGUGAGGGAAAAAAGUGUUUUGAUCCCCUGCUGAUUUUGUACGUUUGCCCACUGACAAAGAAAUGAUCAGUCUAUAAUUUUAAUGGUAGGUUUAUUUGAACAGUGAGAGACAGAAUAACAACAACAAAAUCCAGAAAAACGCAUGUCAAAAAUUUUAUAAAUUGCUUUGCAUUUUAAUGAGGGAAAUAAGUAUUUGUCCCCCUCUCAAUCAGAAAGAUUUCUGGCUCCCAGGUGUCUUUUAUACAGGUAACGAGCUGAGAUUAGGAGCACACACUUAAAGGGAGUGCUCCUAAUCUCAGCUUGUUACCUGUAUAAAAGACACCUGUCCACAGAAGCAAUCAAUCAAUCAGAUUCCAAACUCUCCACCAUGGCCAAGACCAAAGAGCUCUCCAAGGAUGUCAGGGACAAGAUUGUAGACCUACACAAGGCUGGAAUGGGCUACAAGACCAUCGCCAAGCAGCUUGGUGAGAAGGUGACAACAGUUGGUGCGAUUAUUCGCAAAUGGAUGAAACACAAAAUAACUGUCAAUCUCCCUCGGCCUGGGGCUCCAUGCAAGAUCUCACCUCGUGGAGUUGCAAUGAUCAGCCCAGAACUACACGGGCUGUCAAUGAUCUCAAUGAUCUACUACUUGUCAAUUAUCUCAAGGCAGCUGGGACUAUAGUCACCAAGAAAACAAUUGGUAACACACUACGCCGUGAAGGACUGAAAUUCUGCAGUGCCCGCAAGGUCCCCCUGCUCAAGAAAGCACAUAUACAGGCCCGUCUGAAGUUUGCCAAUGAACAUCUGAAUGAUUCAGAGGAGAACUGGGUGAAAGUAUUGUGGUCAGAUGAGACCAAAAUCGAGCUCUUUGGCAUCAACUCAACUCGCCGUGUUUGGAGGAGGAGGAAUGAUGCCUAUGACCCCAAGAACACCAUCCCCACCGUCAAACAUGGAGGUGGAAACAUUAUGCUUUGGGGGUGUUUUUCUGCUAAGGGGACAGGACAACUUCACCACAUCAAAGGGACGAUGGACGGGGCCAUGUAUCGUCAAAUCUUGGGUGAGAACCUCCUUCCCUCAGCCAGGGCAUUGAAAAUGGGUCGUGGAUGGGUAUUCCAGCAUGACAAUGACCCAAAACACACGGCCAAGGCAACAAAGGAGUGGCUCAAGAAGAAGCACAUUAAGGUCCUGGAGUGGCCUAGCCAGUCUCCAGACCUUAAUCCCAUAGAAAAUCUGUGGAGGGAGCUGAAGGUUCGAGUUGCCAAACGUCAGGCUCGAAACCUUAAUGACUUGGAGAAGAUCUGCAAAGAGGAGUGGGACAAAAUCCCUCCUGAGAUGUGUGCAAACCUGGUGGCCAACUACAAGAAACGUCUGACCUCUGUGAUUGCCAACAAGGGUUUUGCCACCAAGUACUAAGUCAUGUUUUGCAGAGGGGUCAAAUACUUAUUUCCCUUAUUAAAAUGCAAAUCAAUUUAUAACAUUUUUGACAUGCGUUUUUUCUGGAUUUUUUUGUUGUUAUUCUGUCUCUCACUGUUCAAAUAAAUCUACCAUUAAAAUUAUAGACUGAUCAUGUCUUUGUCAGUGGGCAAACGUACAAAAUCAGCAGGGGAUCAAAUACUUUUUCCCCUCACUGUAUAGCAGCGAGAGCAAAAGACAGAAAGACAGAGAACAGAGAGAGGAGUAUUGUAUGAGUGAGUUUGCUGUGCUGUAGCAUCAUCGCUACACCACUCAAACUCUUGUCUGUAAGUGAAGUGGUUAAAUGUGAGAGUAAUUGUGUUUUGUUUCUGGAACUGUGGAGCUCCAUGGACCCCAUCUCCCUCUCAGUGACAUGCUUGGAUCUCACAUCCUCUACCCCCCUGCCACCCCCCUGCCUCAGUCUAAUUAGUGUGUGUAGCCCAGGGCUCGCGUCCCACCAAGACUCAGCCCCCCAUCUCCCUCCCAAGAUGGCUCCCCUAAGAAAUAUCCUUAAUUGGGUUCUUUAGUCAUAGUCUCCAUUUUAAGUGUGGAAAGGCAUCUGUGUUGGUAGCUAUCACCUCAGAAAUCAGCUCAGAUUUGUAUAUUUCUCUCGCUCACUUGCUUUCUUUAUCUCUCUCUUUUCACUGUCUCUUUCUCCCCAUCUCCAUCCCUCUCCCUCUGCUCUCUCUCAAUUCCUGUAUGUAUCUCUCUCGCCAUCUCUCUCUCUCUCGCCAUCUCUCUCGCCAUCUCUCUCUCUCUCUCUCUCUCUCUCUCUCUCUCUCUCUCUCUCUCUCUCUCUCUCUCUCUCUCUCUCUCUCUCUCUCUCUCUCUCUCUCUCUCUUACUUUCUCCCAUCUCCCUCCCUCUCCCUCUGCUGUCUCUCAAUUUCUGUAUGUAUCUCUCUCACCAUCUCUCUCUCCCUCUCUCUCUUACUUUCUCUUCAUCUCCCUUCCCUUUCUCUUCAUCUCUAUCUUCCCCUCCCUCUCUCCAUCCCUCCCUCUCUCUCUGCUCUCUCUCUCCUUCCCUCUUUGCCGCUCUGUAGUCGCUUCACUUAAUGAGGCUCUAUAAUAACCCAGUGGUUGUGCAGUUGUUUUGCUACCUCAGUCAAACAGCAGGAUCACUGCAUAGUGGGUUUCUAGCACCAUUCACUUGUCUACUUAGACAGGGUAAUGAUUAUCAUUUGGGGGAACAAAGCACACUAGCCCUCCAAUAGGGGAUCUGUCUUCUCCCGUUGCAUCUGAAAAGAGAAGGAUUUCAACAUUGUUUGUAUAUCCAGCCAGACAAUUCCAGCUAUGACUCAUUUAUUACAUGGCUAUUAUACACACAACUACAUGCCAGAGGCUAGACACAAUAAGACACAUACCAUAGUCUCCCACUCCACGCUAGCCCCAGAGCUAUACUGAAUGUCCACGUGUCUCCAGGCACCACACUUCAAACAAGACGGUUGGUUACCAAGUAGACCGUGGCGGUGGUGGCCAAACAGCGGACGAGGUCAGCCCUCCCUAUGCCCUAAUAAGUGUUGACUGUGGAGAAUGCCAGCUGCUAGUUUUAUUAGUUGUAUUUAUUUAUUUAUUUGAUUGUAUUCUUCAUUAGCUAAACUGGCCAGCAGUAAGCCUGGCCUGAGGCCAAACAGGAAGAGAUUACACCCUAGUGGCCGAGCCAACAGUGUAGAAUGGAGAUCACUCCAAGCAAAGGGGGACUGAGUCAAUACUGGCCUGGGUUCAAUUCAACCCGCGAUCACUGCUCAGACAGAACCCAGGGAAUGUAGUACUGGGACUGCAUGGGCCUGAUCUGUCUGGUCGCAGGGGUGAACUUCACGUAUACAGGUUAGAUAUGAUCAGUCUUGUUACAGUAGCUGGAGAAAACACCAUAGAAAACAAUGGCUAUUUAGAGCUGUGUGGAAUGAAAUAGCAUUUGCCCAGUGCUUUGUGUUAGUAGUUCGGAUACAGCAUGACCCAUAUGUGUCUCUUAAAGCAGCCAAGUGUUCCUGUUUAACCUGUGAUCUGUUCUGAGGCCUGUGAGUUCUUUGUCUCAGCGUAUCUGAGCAGCAGCGUGCUCUGCGCUUAUGUCUUAAUUAAACUUCUGACUGAUUACUAGCAGUAUGCUGUGGCUGGAUCUCUGUGGUUUGGCGCUCCACUUGCUCCCUGUUCUCCAGAUGCAGGUACUGUAUGUUAGCAGACUUAUGUCAGCUACGAGCAGAGAUGUAGUCUCAGCACACACUGACUAGACAUGGGGGGAUAGCCACUACUGUUUGGACAUGGGGGGAUAGCCACUACUGUUUAGACAUGGGGGGGAUAGCCACUACUGUUUGGAUAUGGGGGGAUAGCCACUACUGUUUGGACAUGGGGGGGAUAGCCACUACUGUUUAGACAUGGGGGAUAGCCACUACUGUUUAGACAUGGGGGGGAUAGCCGCUACUGUUUAGACAUGGGGGGAUAGCCACUACUGUUUGGACAUGGGGGGGAUAGCCACUACUGUUUAGACAUGGGGGAUAGCCAUUACUGUUUAGACAUGGGGGGGAUAGCCGCUACUGUUUAGACAUGGGGGGAUAGCCACUACUGUUUGGAUAUGGGGGGGAUAGCCACUAAUGUUUGGAUAUGGGGGGGAUAGCCACUACUGCUUCGAUAUGGGGGGAUAGCCACUACUGUUUAGACAUGGGGGAUAGCCAUCACUGUUUAGACAUGGGGGGGAUAGCCGCUACUGUUUAGACAUGGGGGGGAUAGCCACUACUCUUUAGACAUGGGGGGAUAGCCUCUACUGUUUGGAUAUGGGGGGGAUAGCCACUACUGUUUAGACAUGGGGGGAUAGCCAUUACUGUUUAGACAUGGGGGUAUAGCCACUACUGCUUCGAUAUGGGGGGAAUAGCCGCUGCUAGGGCUGUGGGCUGUAUGACAUUAACACAAUUAUGGAUGUCUUGGAUGGAUACAGGUAGCAGAAGGAAGUGGAGUUAGAGCUAGAAUUGCUAUAAACUCUUGUUGAUGUGAAUAUAUGAUUUAGAAGAAAGUUUCCGUUGCAUACAUGCAUCUCAAGUUAGGAUUCGAACUAGAGUGGAUUGUUUUGGCACCUUUCUCUCUUUUAAUGUCAGUUGAAAUGUCGCAAAUCAAAUUACCAGACUUCUCAACUCCCUAAAUUGUUCUGCAGAAAAUUAUUAACUAAUUGUUGUGAAUUGGUGCUCAUAAAACGUGUCAACAAAUGUUUACCAUUUCAAUUAUGGCUCUUUGAGGCCUAAUGAGAAGCUGAUGUUUUUCACCUGGCCUUGUCUGUGCUCUGUGUUGCCAGGCAUCACGCUUGUAUAAUAUAAUGUCGUCUCGACUUUCCCCCAGUUUGAGGGGUCCCCCGAGACCCAAGUUUAGAGACUCAUUAUUGUUCAUUCUAUCAGCUUUCUGAACACUCUAUAAAGUCACAGCUCUGGGUUGUAAAAGACAGGCUACAACCAGAAAGAAUGAGCUGAGUUCUUAGUCCUGCUAUAGUUUUGCCUAGUUUGUAGAUUAGGGGCGCGUUCCUCUGCCCAGUCGUUGCUGACGCAUGCCAGAUCUUACAACACCUGGAUAGGCAUUUUAAGUAUCAGCUAACCACAUCAUAAUUUAUGUUAUAGCAAUCUGUCAGUCGAUGACACAGUCGAUAAUGUGGCAGGCAACCAUUGGUUGAUGCAUGCAACGUCUGAGCAGGGGAACGUGACCUAGGAGUAAACGAGAGGUUUAAAAUGGCAGCUGAUCUGUUUGGCCUUUUCCUCUGCAGGGCUGAUGUAACAGGUACACUGUUGCCUUGCUGCACUGGAUGGAGACCAGAGGAAUGGGAAACGACAUAAAGAGUGAUUAGUUAAUAAAUCAACUCCCCAGCCUGCAUGCACUUUCCCUCUCUCCCUCUCUCUCUCCUCCCUCUCUCUCUAUCUCUCUCCCUCUCCUCCCUCUCCUUCUCUGUUAAAUUCCCUAAGACAUUUGCAUGGAUUUUCAUGGGUACACAGGACCCCUGCCGGGCGUUCUCCCUCCCUCCCCUCCCUCUCGCCCCCCAUGGGCGUUGCAGCAAUAUGAUGUAAUCAAAUGAAAGGCGGAUGGAGGGUUAAUGUGGCAGAGAGUCAGUCGAUGGAGGAGGAGAGAGUGGAGGAAGAAGAGCCUUCUCAGGCACAGGCUUCAUUCGGGCGAGAGGCGGAUGCACAUUAUUGAUCAGAGCAAAACUUUAUUUAGUGGAGAAUUGACUGCUAAGGGUUUUACCUGGGCUCUGCUGGUAACUGGGACCUGCAGUACAGCAGCAUGGUGUAUGUAGACCAGCGGGUGGUCGGGAAGAACGGUGGGGGUAAGGGAGAGGGGAGAGUGGGGGUAAGAGGUGGAGAUUGGGGAUAAGAUAGGGGGGAGAUGCAGGGUAAGAGAGGGGAGAUUGGUGAUAAAAGAGGGGGGAGAUGCAGGGUAAGAGAGGGGGAGAUUGGGGGUUUGGAAGAAAGGAGAUGGAGUAGCAGGGAGAUUGGUGGUAAGGGGUUUAGUGGUUGGGGUCAGUCAAUCUGUUAUGAAUUGACAUGAUUGAUUUAGGUGACAUUGGUGGGUUGAGGUUAGGAGCUGAGGACGUGUAUUUGGCUGUAUUUCACUGUGUGAAUGGUUGCGCACAUUGGCCUUCAAGAAUUUCAUAAGUGGAAAAUGAAUGAUGGGAGUUCUUAUUUUCUCUCCCUCUUUAUCGCUCUCCCUCCCUCCCUCCCUCCCUCCGUUCUCCACUGAUAUAAAGAACAGUAUCUAUCUUCCACUCUGUGGAGUUCAAUAUCCACAGAGGUAAAGGUAUCAUUUUCAUUUUACCUUUUUUUCUCUCUCUCUUUCUUGUCUUUCUGUUUCCCUCCAGCCUGCAUGGCUGCCACAGCCACUGAAGUCCUUUAGCACCGUCCUUGAAAAAGCCCUCAGUGAGAAAACUCCUGCCAUGUUUAAGGAGAAGGUAGAAUGCAGUGUGUGUCAGACAGAGCUGGGAAGGGGGGGGUAAUACUCCCCAGGGGGGUUAUUUUCCCCUCUAAUAGCUGUUACGAGCCCUACAUUAUAUCCAAGGAGCUACAUUCCUUUGGGGUCCAUACACAUACAUACACACAUACACAUACACUCUCUCUCUCUCUCGCUCUCACUCUCUCUCUCUCUCUCUCUCUCUCUCUCUCUCUCUCUCUCUCUCUCUCUCUCUCUCUCUCUCUCCCUAACACACACAGACACACAGAAAAAAGUACACACACUCUCUCCCAGCCGCUUUGCUUGCUCCGUGUCAAUAUCCUGCCAUUUGAAGUCACGUACUGCAGGGGCUUCUAGGAGUCACUGAGGAGCCAGGCUGACGGGUAAUGGGCCGCAUUCAUUAAUAUGGUUGCCGUGCUCCUGUCCCUCCCCGGCAAUGCCACGGAUGUCUUCACGGGGGGGGGGGGGGGGGGUCGUCCCGUGGGGAGUCUCCUCCCAGACUCACUUAAAGGAGCUUUAUUUCAUAGAGAGAGAGAGAGAGAGAGAGAGAGAGAGAGAGAGAGAGAGAGAGAGAGAGAGAGAGAGGCUGGGGCCGGCUCUUUAAAAAGGAGCGCGGGGGCCCAGGUGAGCCGAGGCUAACCCUUCUAGGGGUCACACUCCCUCCUGCCCCCCGUCAAACAGCUUAUUACCCCACCUGUCGGAAAGUAAUCGCCCCGGCUGAAAGGAAAGCUGUCGAGGUGUUUAAAUGCUUUAUAUGGAGGCACUUGAAAGGGUAAAGAGAGAGGGGAUGGAGGGGAGAGGAGUAACGGACGUGGCCUAGACUGCCUGAGGGAUUCUGCUAUGUUGAUAACUGAAGGUGACUGCAGUCAGUGCAUUGGUAAACUCACCUUUAUGGCUCAGGCUCACUGAAGGAGUCACAACCUUUUGUGGUUCAGGGUCUUUCCAUGUUGUUUAUUCAAAGAGAAUUCAAGCCUACCCAGAGUAGGAGUUUGUGUACGUGUGUGGGUGUGUUUGAACUGUAUGUCACUGUUCUUCUUUGUGUGUGUAAUCAGUGUGUGUGCGUGCUGAUGAGUGUGUGACAGGUGUGCCUAUUCCGUGGAAGUGUAGCGAGUCCAAGGCCAUGUUUUUAACAGCGCGCAGCAAGUGGGGCAUGUGGUUUGCAUUAAAGGGAUUAGCAGUACUUCAAAAGAUGACCUGGAUUCAGCCCACCAGGGACACCAGUUACACACCCCCUGGUCCACACACACACACACACACACACACACACACACACACACACACACACACACACACACACACACACACACACACACACACACUACCUCCUUUAAAGAACCUAGCUGGCACAGCUGAGCCCACUACAACCACUCUCUCUCACUGCACCGCACCCCACCGGUGUGUGUGUGUUAAUAUCUUCCAUCACGGAUAUUACAUGGUAACUGUUGUUUCCAUGUCCACAGCCAUUGAUCUGAUAUUGGUAUUGAUGGUUGGGGAUUGAGAUGUUGGAGGGAGGGAGAUGUUGUCAGCUCAGCGUUGGCGUGUCAGUGUGUCAGGAGAGGACUUAACCAUGUUUAAUCCCUUGGAGUAAAUGUUGAAUGAUACUAAAUGUCCUUAUGUUGAAUUUAAUCUUGAUUCAGUCGUUUUAUUCCUUUCUCUCUUUCUCCCUCUCUGUUCUUCCUCCCGUCCAGAACCACACGUUGACUCAGCACAGCAGCUAACCAGGCAGAUCGUCACUGGGCCUGAGGAGCAGAGGAGAACCAUACGGCGAGGAGGAGAAUCAUGUCUGACCCAGUCACUGGCUCUUUUGCACUGA